GAAAUUUCAGUCGUUUUAGAAACAGGAGAAAGAUCAAAAUGGAAAUCAGUUAAACCCAGAGAAAAGACGGAAGUGCGUAAGGUUUCACCGUCAUUUGCAUUGGGACAAGCUUCUUUGUCCAAGACGAACACAGAACUGUGUAAGAGAUCCGCUUGGGUGAUUAAUCAGCUACAGGCGCUUCGUAAUGAUGGAAAGUGGGAAGAUUUCGACAAAUUUUCGGGCGCUCUUCUUCUUCAAUAUCCCGAUACCGAUACGCAAAUUACUAUUAGAAUGGAACAGAGCUUGGCAGCUCUAUAUAGAAAUAAAGUCGAAAGCGCUCUUGAGUUUCUUGAUGAAUCUUUCAAGUUCAUGCCACAGGCGAAUAACGUAGAACUUUUAGCUGGUAGAUACUACGGUUAUCGCGCGGGAAUCGCUAGGCGACAAAAGAAUUUAGGCGAAGCCGCGACAUUCAUGCAACUUGCGCAACAGAACGCUACUGCUUGUCACACGCACCUAGACUUCAUUAGCUUAAUCGCCUACGAGAAGGCCAGUGUUUUGCUCGAUUUCAUUGGACUCGCACCUCAGAAAAGCCUUCAACGAGUGAGAGAGGCUCUGGAUAAUCUUGAAAGGAGCAUAGAUCUGUGUAUGCAGCUGGAAAGGGAUGAUCACGAUCUUCGCAUACAAAGGCACCACUUUGCCUUCAUCAAAAUUGCAAUGUUGUUGCUCGACUGUCGAACGGAUGCCGCGCGCGAACGCAUUCUCACAGAGGAAUUUUUAGCACAAGGCCAGGACUGUCUAAACACACUGAAAACCAAGUACUGGUCAGAGAUAGCUGAGGGUGUUAAGAUUCAGUUCUAUCUGGCUAGCUCCGAUCUAGAAUACCGUAAAGGCAACUUUGUGGAGGCAGAGAGGUUCGCUAGUUUAGCGAAGGACAUGGCGGAAGAUUUCGGAUUCAAUACGGAGACUACUCUCGCCCAAGAACGUCUAGAUCACAUCCAUGUUUGGACUGGAAAUGAUUCACGGCUAUUUACGCUCCCAUCCGAAGGCGACAGUGAAGGAGAGAAAGGUGACAUCGGUUCGACAGCAUCAGAAUCUGAUUGGCUGCAGAAUUUAGACUAGUAAUACGCCAUAUUGGACAAAUGUACAUCCAUUUGUUGGC